GAACGAGCGUCACAAGUUUGCUGUAGAUGAUGGGGACAACAAAAUUUGCAGAAAAACGCACCCAACUCUUAGUGUCGGGCUGAGAAACAGCUGACUCGUUCGCUUUUCGGUUUCAACCGGCCAAGAAGGAAUCCACCCUUAGUUUUCACUACAAAUCAGGAAAAAUUUUGGGGUCUGAUUCUUGAAGGGUAGGUGCUUUGGGGGUUGGGUCACGAGGUAGACGCACGAGGUAGGCAGGAAGAGUAGAAAAUGACGGACGACCGAGGUGCUCGCACCCUAAGAACUAAGAAGCUAUAAAGUAGCUCCUGCGGAGACUCAUGGGGAUGCACCCAGAAGAGUUUGCAGCGGCACAGACGAUCGGAAUGGCAGCUCAGGCAGGGAGGAAUGAAGUGGUCUGCGUCACCGGAGCGGCCGGAUACGUCGGCUCAUGGCUCAUAAUGAGGCUGCUUGAACAAGGGUUCACUGUCAAGGCUACUGUUCGCGAUCCUGACAAUAUCAAGAAGACCAAGCAUCUCAUUGACCUGCCGCAUGCUAAGGAGAGGCUGACCCUGUGGAAGGCCGACCUCAGCGACGAGGGAAGCUUUGACGAAGCCAUCAGCGGAUGCACCGGAGUUUUCCACGUCGCCACUCCCAUGGACUUCUUGUCCCAAGACCCUGAGAAUGAAGUGAUUAAGCCAGCAGUGAACGGGAUGCUGAACAUCAUGAGGUCGUGCCUCAAGGCGAAGACGGUGAGGCGCGUAGUUUUCACUUCAUCGGCUGGCACUGUUAACAUCCAGGAACAGGCGAGGCCAGUGUAUGAUGAGGAGUGCUGGAGCGAUGUUGAGUUCUGCAGGACCAAGAAGAUGACGGGCUGGAUGUACUUCGUUUCUAAAAGCUUGGCGGAGAGGGCUGCAUGGGACUUUGCCAAAGAACACAACUUAGAUUUCAUCAGCAUCAUACCAACCCUUGUUGUUGGCCCCUUCAUAAUGCCGACGAUGCCUCCCAGUAUGAUCACAGCUCUAUCGUUGAUUACAGGAAAUGAAGCCCAUUACUCGAUUCUGAAGCAAGUGCAGCUAGUGCACCUGGAUGACCUGUGCAAUGCUCACAUCUUCUUAUUUGACCACCCAGAAGCUAAAGGAAGAUACAUCUGCUCAUCCGAUGAUGCCACCAUUUUUGAAGUCGCUGACCUGUUGCGGAGGAAGUACCCCGAGUACAAUGUCCCCACAAAGUUCGAAGGCAUUGAUGAGUCGAUAAAGUCGAUUCAUUUUUCAUCAAAGAAGCUGCUGGAUUUGGGGUUCAAUUUUCAGUACACAGUGGAGCAGAUGUUUGAGGGAGCGGUGCAGUGCUGCCAGGAGAAGCAGCUGAUACCCGUACCGGAUGCUCCGGAAGCCAAGCCGCAAGAACAACCACUCAACGCUAAAAUGAAGGGAGGGGAAUACAAGGCAGAAGGCGAUCAGCUCGGCGAAGUUGCAGUCUAGGCCUGUGGGGCUGCCCGCGCGAAGAUGAGGAUUAUGAAUGAAGCGCCACUUUAAAUUAUUUAACUGUUAGUGGAAAGAGCUUAGUUCUUCAAUUUCCAUUGUUGUUUGUAUUCGUGAUCUCUGCUUUGUUCAGAGGUACCUGCACUAAAUACUUGAACGUUUUGCAGCAAUAACAAUUAAAUGUUUUGAUGGCGAA